AUGUCCCUCAAGUCAAUCCGAACCCCCCCAGCAUGCCUCCGCAAUAGACCGACAGACUAUAGGUCGUAUUAUUCAUUGGGUUUUGAUAACCGCGUGAACUUCUACUGGAAGUCCCUCUACUUUAACGGCCUCCUUGAAUCGGACGUGUACGUCCCCUUUGGGACCCGAGUCAGAGCCUUGAAAUCGGAACCCUUCUACUCUCCUCGCAGUCGAGAACCCAAUGUCAAUCCCACGCCGUUCACCCUCAUUCCGGCUCUGUCCACGACGACGAGUACGCCGGAGAACAACUCUCGCAAGGGAAACCCAUUGCCCGUCACGGGUCGCAAACUUCCCGGAGGCGUCGCUCGGUUCGUGCCUAUGCGAUGGACCAGACGGACGGAACGAAAAGGUACAGGGCCUUAUACUCCGGGUAGAAGAUCCAUUGCCCUAGAGCCUCACGGUGACCCCGACUACUUACCCGACGGCCAUGAAUUUUCGCAAGAGUGGAUCCGGUUAUUUGAAAAAUUUAACUUCUCCACGGAGAAGGAUCUUAUAAGGGCGCGAGGAGAGCUCGAAGCGCAGAAGCAAACGGCAAUACAAUUUGUGGGCGAGAGGGAUACUCGAAGCCUGCGUGAGGCCUGGCUCGAUAUGCCGCUGCAUCAUAAAAGCAGGAACCUCGCCUUUAUUCUUAUCGGAUGUCUUGCUGACUCGGCGCGGAGAACUCUCACAAUGCUUUCGAUACUCAAAGUCCUUCCCCGGGGCUGGAAAGUCCGCUGCGAGUGUCUCCUCUGUAUUGAACAAGUAUACUGGGACGAAGUUCAAGCCAACCCAGAUCUUCAAGAGUUGUUUGCCGGCCAAAUCAAACUGGUAUCGAAAGUGUGGACAUGGCCCGACGAUGUAAAUCCUUUUCCGCGCGCAUUUCUUGCUCUCCUGCUUCGGCACAACAAUCACGAACAUUGCGAGAAUAUCAUCGACACCGUUCUCCAGAACUAUGAUCCGGUUCCUGCAUCACUGAUCCUCGUCAUGGUGGACCACUACACAAGAACAGGCAAUGCAAAUCAAGCGAUUGAACUCCUCUGGCGAAUCCCGGCUCGGGAAAGGGAAAGAUGGAAGGUCGCGAUACUUCAGCGAUUCAAAAACCUGAUGAGGCUCGAAACCAUUGGCGAUCCUCAAUCCGACCGCAACUUCAAGAUUCUUCCAAGGCUAAUUGAGUUUGGUCUCGGCUUCGACGAAAGUGUGCAUAAUGCUGUCCUUCAGCGAGCCAUCCAGUUGCAUUCACCCCAGGUGGCAUGGGAGAUAUAUGACUUUAUGGAGGCUGAAAAUAUUUGUGUCCAUGCAGACAGCCACCUUGCCCUGCUAAAGGACAGCUUCAUUCGCGAGGAGCGUCCAAAUUUGGAGAAGGUCAUGUGGGCAAUCCACCAGCGCGAAGAUCUCUUCAGGAAUCCGUAUCUGGUGGCGUACAUGAUGAACAUUCUUAGGGUGGCCUGCCGCAUUGAGAAUCAGACCCCUGAGACUGCGUUAUCCCAUAUCUUGGCUAUUUACGACAGGGCCUACGACAGGGCGCCGCUCAUUAGACUUGGCCUUGCCGACCCUCUCCCUGUCGGACAGACGGCUCCGACAGAUCUUCCUGAGCCAUCGCCAGCGGGUUUGGCGUUCACCUUAUGGGCAUAUGUCCUGAUCCAGAGUCGAGAGCGACAUGUUUCCAAAUUGUGGUACCGGAUUGUUCAUUUGAUCCAACAUCAUGAUCGGGGAAUCAUUGCAGCAGCGAGGCACGACCUCUUGUAUCAUGGCUUUAUCUCUUUCUUUUGCCGCUCACCAUCCACGCUUCAGAAGAGUCUCGAUGUCGUGGGGGAGAUGAUCAAGCUUAACUUGUGCAAGCCCACCGCCCGAACGUGGAGCGAACUCAUUUGUGGCUUCCUGUCCCGGGGCGAAGAGGGAGAGGCGGAGAAAAUCUGGCAGGCCGUGCUUGCAGAAGGGGUACAGCCAUCCAAGAUUGACUGGAGCUAUUUGCUGCGCCGUCAUGACAACACUCUGCUGGCACAAAAGAUAAGAGAUGCCAUUGAUGAAAGACGGAUGCCAGAAGGCACAGAACCGGUCCCUGGCCAGCAGGAGAAGGCAACGGCUGGCGCAACGGAUACACAUGUCGCUUCGGCAGAAGAGAGAGGUCGAUGCACAAGGUGGACAGACGGCGGGAACAAAAUUGUUCAAGAAGAUGGUUCUUUCAAGCCAGUGACUCAGCUCCCUGUUUGA